AUGGCGCGCAAGAAGAAAAGUGCACAGUCGGAUGCGGCAACCAACGGGAGCGCUUCGUCGACACCGCCGCCCCCGGCUGCUCCGGCUGCUGCUACUGCUGCUACUGCUGCUGCUGGUGGAAGCGCAGGGACGGCGAAGAAGGCGGGCAGCGAAGCCUCAACCUCUGCGCUCAUCAUCUGUCGCAACAAGCAUUGGCGCUACAUUUCUUCGUUCCAUGGCCCCUGGCUGCAACUCCCUCCAGAAGUCCUCGAGUCACUCGCACAUAGCAACUAUCUCUCCCCUCGCCCACACCCCAUUGAUCCUGCCGUCUUCUACGACCUCGUCAAGAUCCGUAAGGCGGUUGACGAGGCGACUAAUCUCGCUGUGCGCGCCACGUCUGGCUUGACCUCGGCUGCCCUCAGCAACAGCCUCAAUGGCGGCAAUAGCAUGCUGGGCGGUGCGGCCGCGCUGGGCAUAGGCUACGGGGCAGGGGGCACUUCGAAACUGAGCAGAGAGCGGAAACAUCGUAUGAGAGAACUGGCAACGAGCAAACUCAGUCAGGCAUAUCAUCUCGAUGAGAUCGCGGCCAGUGUUGCGACCAUGCAGAGCGCAAGCACGCUCGAGGACGUGGCGCAUUUGGUGCUGCAGCGCGAGCCGACCAACGUGGAUGCCAAGUAUGUCCAUUUCUUCCACGAGAAGAUUCCCAGUCGAAUGAUGGCACAGUGCACGCCCCUCGACACGUUGAACGAUAUCAUCGCCGAGCGGCCCAACGACGGUAGUCCACUGCGCACGCGCGCGUUGACCAGGAUAUUCAAGGACGACUAUGUAAACUCUGCAAAAGAUCUGAGCGAAGCCCUGAGCACAGCGCGGUACAUGAUGGCACAACAUAGAGCGGGGAAGGACCAGUUAGUGUUGGCAAAGACACUGCAAGAGCAGUAUGGAAGAGAUUGGAGACAAGAAAUCAAGAUCCCCGACGAAGACCAACCCAAUUCACUCGAGACCCAAUUACUUUUUCACCGCGCCGGCGUCUACUUCACCAUAGCAUGCAGCCAUGUUCAUGCAGCACUGGAUGGUCUCCAGGAAGCUGAGGAAGCAAAGGCGCGGCGAGAUGCCAUGAUUGCAGAGGGCAAAGACCCAGAUCCCAUGACACCAGAAGAAGCGCAUGCGAACCAUCUCCGCCUCGAAGCACGCAAACAAGUCCGACAGAACGCUAAACGCGCUCUUCGUGAUUAUCUCGCCUUUUUAUCUCAUUUCGACUACACACCUGGUGUCUCCGCAGAAGUGGCUGAAGAGUUCUUGCGGAGAUUAGAUAAUUCAACAAACGGUAGCAACGAUGGAUAUGGAAACAGCAAAAUCAAACCAAACAUGAACAGACUAAUAGAAGAAACAAAAGGUACCGCAUCGCCCAUGUCCGAAGCGCUCGUCCCCCAUCGUGGCGGUUCGACAAAGUCAAGUUCCGACCGCGCAUCAUGGUCGAAACUGCCUCCACCAGAAAUCUUCAAAGUAUCCCAACUCUUUGACGCUGCACCGCCAGCUUCGUUACCGCCAUAUCCAGCACCUAGAUGUCCAUCAGCAGCUGAAUCUGCUGCUGCAGCUGCAGCAACUGCCUUUGCUGAUAGCCACGAAAGCAUAACCUACCACCCCCUCAUCACCGAUGCCCUACACUCUCUCCUCCUUUGUCAUGCACUCAUCCAAACCCCACCAAAAGAGCACCUCCGGCACGCCCACAACGCCGCACGUCUCGCACGCGUCUGUGACGGCUACCCCAUUUUCCUCGCUGCCCGCUCACCCGCGCGCGCCGACUGGAUCGAAGUGCUCCGACGAGCAGGAAACUGGAUCGGACUCUCAACCUCAUGGGAAAACCUAUGUCGCCCCGCUCCCCUACCAACCCACCACUACAACCCAAACAACGGCACCAGCCCCAAAAACGGCACCACAACAACAGACCUCUACACAAAACCCAGCACAACCCCACCCCCCGAAACCCCCGCCCAACGCCGCGAACGCCAAAAGCACGAAGCCAUCCUCGAAGCCCUCGCUGAUGAGCGCGUCGUAGACGAAGAAUCCUUCCAACGCGCCGUCCGCGCCCGCGAGCGCCGAAACCGCGAGGACGACGAGUUGGAAGCGAAACGCCAGCAACAACAGUUCAAGAAGAAACAUACAAGUAACCAUACCGACCCCACGGCCACCGACGAAAACGCAAAUGGAGAUAUAGACGCGGAUGGAUAUCCCAUCCCACACUCCUCACCUUCGCCUUCGCCUCCACCGCCACCGCCACCACCGCCGAAACGCUGGGCCCAGGAUGACGGGAGGGAAUACCCGAUUUCUACAGAGCGCGCCGAGGCGAUUAGUCGGUGGGUUAGGGAUGCACCACCUGUUGGGGAUGUGAAUGCGGGGGGUGCGGGAGGGGUUCGGAAGAAAAAAGCCAAGGGGAAGGCGAGAAAAGGGGGGGUUAGCAGAGUUGGUGUUGAGAAUUUGAGGGAAGGGGUAGAAGGGUUGGGGAUCAAGGAUAGAAGAGAAGAGGAGGUUGACUAG